GUUAUGAUUUUUCUUUUUCCCUUUUUCUGUUUCAGAGCUAGCCCUAACAGUGAUGUCGAUCAAUGCUCUUAAAGAUCUCAAUAGCUUACCUGCAUCUGAAAGCAAGAAUGAUGACUCCAGUAGAGGGUGUUUUACAAAACCUUGCAAUGGGAAAAUGUUGAAGAGGAGCAGAGGAAGAAGUCUUCUCCCAUUCAUGUUAAUGGAGGGUGUUGAGGGAAUUAAAACAUGUGGAAUUGACAGAUUGAUCCAGGUAGCUGCAUCCCAGCUAAGUGGUCAGCUUCCUGAGUCCAGGGAUGCUGCUCAAACCCUUCUUCUGGAGUUGCAAACUGUAUACAAGAAAUCCUGUUGUCUCUUGUCAGCAACAGUACACGAGCAUCCAAAGUUGGACUCUUGGGAGCACUUUUGUCAAUCAAAAAUCUCUCCUUUAAGCACACAGGCUGUACUUCGUGUCACGAACACCAAUGUUGCUCGGGAGGGUCUUUUUGUUAGUUCAUGACACAAGUUACAUUGUCCAUACAUGAGCCUUUUGAAAUUAGUCUUUUUUUUACCUGCAGAUAUGAGCCUUAGCUAACAGAAUCUAUAAUUACCUUUUAUUGGGUUGGUUUCAUUUCAUCCUUUUCUUUUUCUGUAAAUGCUCUUGAAUCAUUGAGAUCUCUGCCAUUAUGGUUAAGAAAAUAGUUGGGUUUGGAAUCAUUGAGAUCUCUUGAAUUGUAAGUUGGGGGGCUGACUUGCUGGCAGUAAAGAGCACAAUGGCUA